CAUGCUUCCGGGAGCAAAGAAGUGAGUUUACAGGAGAUAAACAGUCCUAUCGUGUUACUAUCGAUCCGAUACCAAUACGAGCGUUGGCACUGGUACGAUCGACGUUUGGAUGACUCCGCCCACCACGAAUACAAGGCUGCACUACUGCUGCAUUCUGCACUCAUCAUCGCUCCAACAUCGUCACACGCAGGGUCCACAUGGGGGCUGUACUUGCUUCAGUUAAACAUGAUCUGACCAAUGACACUGCUGCAGCAGUAGAAAAGAUUCAAAGAUAUUCAAAAGAACCAAAUAAUAUUCCACUAAAAAUCGCCAUCACAGGAGAAUCUAAAUCUGGUAAAUCCACCUUUGUUAGUGCCUUAAGAGGCAUAAAGAGCAUUGGUGAUGAAGAUGAGGGCGCUGCACCCACUGGUGUUGUGGAAACCACCUCAGAGGUCACAGAGUACCUCCAUCCAAACUAUCCCAAUGUUACUUUAUGGGAUCUUCCUGGAAUCGGCACCACCAAGUUUCCAGCUAAGAAGUACCUGGAGCUUGUUGGAUUUGAGAACUUUGACGUCUUCAUCAUCGUCUCAGCUGAUCGCUUCAGAGAAAAUGACGUGAAACUUGCAAAGGAGAUUCAGAAGAUGAAGAAAAAGUUCUACUUUGUUCGCUCAAAGAUCGACAACAACAUACGUGAUGAGGAAAGAAAGAGAGACUUCAGUAAAGAGGGGACUCUUAGAAAAAUCAGAGACGACUCUGUUCAAGGUCUUCAGAAAGAAGGUUUUGAGUCUCCACAGGUCUUCCUGGUGUCCAGCUUUGAGCCUCACAUUUAUGAAUUCUCUGAAUUACAACAGACCUUAGAGAGAGAACUUCCUGCACACCAGAGUGAUGCUCUGCUGCGUGCCAUGUCCAACAUCAACCAGGAGAUCAGCAACAAGAAGAAAGAUUUUCAGUCCACAAUAAAAUACUACUCUACUCUGUCUGCAGCUGGAGCAGCUGUUCCAGUUCCUGAGCUGUCUGUUAAUGUUGAUUACAGUAUGAUGCUUUCAGUUGUCACAGAUUAUGUAACUGGGUUUGGUCUUGAUAAGCAGUCUCUGAAGAAACUUGCUGCCAGCUCAGGUGUGUCAUAUGAUGAUUUGUGUGCUGUCAUCAAGUCAGAACUGGCUAAAAUACCUGCAGAGUUCUUCAUGGAAACGUUUAUCUCAGUUCAAGGUAAAGCUGGGAAAGUAUCCAGAAAUUCUUUCCUAUUUGUAACUGCAGCAUCAAUGAGCCUCUCUUUUAAAACAACCUACUUCACUCUGAGUUAUUUCCUUAACCAGCUUGCUGAUGAUGCUCAGAGGGUGUUUAACAGAGCUCUGGGUGUGAACAUAUCAGUGUGAUUACUAUAAAAUAAAGUAGCUACUAGUUACAUUUUAAGCUGCAGUGUGCAAACAAGCUUUGAUAUUUUUUUUUAAACAAUUACAGAAUCAUUCACUGAUUUCAAUUUGACUGAUUUCAGUGAACAGCAUCCUGGUACAGCUGAUCUGUGUACCAGAUGCCUCAGCAAGACUCAUUUCCUCUCAUCAGAGCAGAAACAACAUAGUAACUGUUUUCCCCUCAUCACAUUAAUACAGAAACAAGUGUGAUCUUAUUUUUCAUAAACUGUGUACCGUGGAGAAGAGCUACUGGAUUGAUGCUAUGAUGCUUUUUAAUUAUUUGGUUAAUUUUUAAUGUCAACAUUUUGUGAAAAUCAGAUCAAAUAAUGAAAUUGGUUUUGCUAUAUUAUAUCACCAUGCCGUA